GUUGGUUGAGUUUUUUUUUUUUUACACUCAUCAAGCGUGGGCUUGUCCAGUGAGCUGUCAUGUUUAACGAAAUUGUGUUUGUGGAAUUGUUACUUGGCAAAAUGCAUACGAAAUAAUAAUGAUUGAUUUGGUUUUUACCUUUUGGAGGUUCUGGAGGACUCUGGAUUGCUGCUAAUGAGUGUGUAGUUUUUUCGAGAAUGGGGAUGAUGCAUUGAAUUCGAAGAUCUUGGAGGGUCCUAGGACUUGAAUCGUAACUAGAAUUACAUACGCAACGUCCAUUGUUUCUAAUCGGUUACUCUGGACAAUGUGAUCAUGGAGCGAGUGAUAACCGAUGCAUGAGUUACGUACGGAAAUAAACUACUUAACCGAAAGUGGCAGCUAUCUCCGUACCACUAUGGAUGCAAAGAAUCUUGCAACCUAGGGUUUCUCUGAUUGAGUUAGUUACCGUGAAGUAUUUCAAGAUACCCAAAGAAGAUGAAGUCCUUCAGAUAUGAAAAUAACGAUAUCAUAGGCCCUGCAAUAAUGGAGAGUCUGGACAGUAUGCCGAUCAGUCUUCGUGAUGGUAUUUCAUCAUCACGAGGUUUCGAAUCGAUACAGGGGAAUAUCCUGUUGGACAAUAAUUCCUCGGUACACAAUGCACCGACAAAAGCAUCUCCACAACUAUAUGACAAAGUCAGAAGCUUUCUCUUAAUUGAUGGAAAGGAGUAUUUGAAGGUAAUAAAUGCCGAACAGUUUGCGGAGAAACUGGGUUGCAUCAAGGACUCAAAGGUGAAGGUGGUAUCCAUCUUUGGAAAUACAGGGGAUGGCAAGAGUCACACGUUGAAUCAAACCUUCUUCAAAGGACGCGAGAUCUUUAGAACUUCUAACGAACAGAGUUCGUGCACUCUCGGAGUAUGGGCAGCCUUCGAUCCUAACCUCAACAUUGUCUGCUUAGAUACCGAAGGCCUCCUAGGAGAAACAAUCCAUGAGAACGAGCGAACCAGGCUGCUGUUGAAGGUUCUUGCCGUGUCGGACAUAGUGGUGUAUCGAACACGCUCCGAAAGACUUCACAGGGAUUUGUUUACGUUUCUUGGAGCUGCAUCUCGUGCUUACAGUCACCACUUUCAGACUGCUCUGCAGGCUGUUGGUCAACGGGAAGGUGUCUCAAAUUGUCUGAGCGCUCUUGGUCCAAGCGUUAUAGUGUUCCAUGAGACCAGGCAUACCAGACUUCUCACAAAUAAUGCCUCGGAGAGCGCCGAGGAUAUUCUGCGUGCUCGGUUCACCCAGAUGAGGCUAGAGAUAGAAGCCUUCAGUUCUAUUAAAUAUGUCGGCGUGCAGACUGCCGACCCACCAACAAAUUAUGGCCCUCUGAGAAAUGCUAUUAAGAACGAAUUGGACAAUACUACAGUGAGGUCAGCCAGGAGGCCACAUCUCGUAUACAGCACUCUGAAGAUUCUCAAUGACAAGUUUUGUGGGGAAAUAGAAAAUAUUUCCAAUAUUCUUUUUCCCGAUCAGUACUUCACGUGUCCGGUGAAGUGCCUUAGUUGUGGAUGCAGAUGCCAUAACAGUAUGGGACACCUUCGCGAAGGAAAGCCCCACACCAGUGAUAGUAGGUGCCGCUAUCAGCAUCAGUACGAAAAUGUGGUAUACGUGUGCAAAAAGUGUCAUAGCCAUGGCAGUGAAGUGGUGGUCACCAGUCGUACUCAGACUCAAAGUGACAGCAGCUGGUAUGGCCUGGCUAAGUAUGCCUGGUCAGGAUAUGUAAUCGAGUGUCCGCACUGCGGAGAAAUAUACCGUAGUCGACAAUACUGGUAUGGCAACAAGAAUCCAGAAGAUGCAGCAGUACGAACGGAGAUCACCCAUGUGUGGAAUUUAAUCAAUCUGCCAAUGACAUCUCAGAAUACUGCUCAGAGGGUUAUAGACGGGGUGUCCUAUAUAACUGAAGCUGUCACCAGCGUCUCGCUACAACCCACAAAGGUUAUCACAGCUUGGGUAGCCGAUCAGGUAGCUCCUACUUAUUGGAGACCAAACAACGAGAUCAAGCACUGUCACAAGUGCGGGAUCCCGUUCCUUUCUACCGACACUAAGCACCAUUGUCGUUCCUGCGGAGAGGGUUUCUGUGCGCAGUGCUCCAGCAAUACCAAGUGCGUGCCCAGUAGAAAUUGGUACACACCAGUCAGGGUGUGCGACGCGUGCUACCUGAAAGAUUUCAACUGUAACGAACAACUCGGCGAGACUACCGAAGAUGUCAGCGUGAGAAAAGUCACCGAACAUGUGGUUUCUACGCUGAGUGCAGUUGGCACCGUCUUAACGUAUUCCAAAUCCUUAAUCAAGGACACGGUACGACCUACCUACUGGGUUCCGGACUCCGAGGUGAUCAGUUGCUGCGUUUGUCUCCAGAAUUUCUCCGAUACGCUUCCGCUACACCACUGUAGAGAUUGCGGUCGUGGAGUUUGUCAGAAUUGUUCCGCGCAUCGCAAACCGGUGCCAAGACGCGGUUGGGACAAACCGGUUCGCGUGUGCGAUGUUUGCCUAAAACUCGAUUAAGCCUGGUACAGGCCGAUUGACCGAUGUCAAUGCAGAAAUGAUAAAUGUAUUUUUCUUAACGUUUCACGGACACUUACAGGUACCUUACGGAUCGCGUUCAUUCCGGGUUAAUUAUCGAAGCCCCAAACUAUCGUUCGUUAAGACGGCGCCUGAUUGUCAUCGGUUCAUACGGCUCGUUUGCGUUUUUAUUGGGAACGGUCCCUUUUAUUAUUCUUUCCUUAAGAACACGUUGGAACCUCGGGGGGAAGAUAUUAAAAAAAAAAUCCUGAGUAAAUUUUACCUAUUCAAAAAGUGCCCCCAAUUACCAUCUAAUUAUUUUAUAUACGCCGAUUAUCAUACGUCAGCGGGUGAAACCCUACCGACUCUUAGCGAUUUCCCUCUUUUCUCAACCAUGAACAUUCCGCCAUUUUAAUGAUCUACUUAAGACAGGGUGCUUUGUUUCGAUUUAGUCAGUUCGUUCGUUGAAAAUAAUUUAAAAAUGGAACCCUUGAUAACAUUUAAAUGUUUUAAACUUCUGACGGGAUGGCCUUUUCGGGCACAUCUUUUAAAGAGAACCGGGCAUUUACGGCCACGAAUGGAUCCCUGAAGCUCCGCCUACUACGGAACGAUCGCGUCCCACGGCGGGAAAUUGAAACAGCCCCGAGUAACGAGAUGCUUAUCCGGGGAUAAUCGAACAGAUGUAAAUAAAUAAAAUGUAAGAAAAUGUUGGAAGGAAUUAA